AUGGCGCCCGCCGCCUCUCCAUUGGAGCGCGAUAAUGAGCGCGUUGGACCACACCCAUCGUAUAUCGAAGUUGCGAAGCCCUAUAUCCUGCAGUCGCGUAUGCAGAAAUGUCUGUCAGAUAUACACAUGAGCGAUGCCAAAGAGGAUGCUGUCCGUCUGCAAGGCGUCGCCUGGAUAGACCAAGUGCGACGCGCACUCCAACUGCCCAUCCGCACCUUUAACACUGCCGUCAUCUACUACCACAAGUUCAGGCUGUUGCACGCGGACAACGAGUACAAUUGGGCAGAUGCGGCAGCCGCAGCACUCUUCACAGCGUGUAAAAUCGAGGACACCUUGAAGAAGAGCAGGGAAAUCUUAUGCGCUCACUGGAACCUCAAGGUUGGCCCUGGCGAGAGCUUAAGUAGCGAUGAUCCGCGCUUCGAGAACCACUCCAAACUCAUCAUCGGCCUUGAACGGCUCAUGCUCGAAAGCGCCGGCUUCGAUUUUCGCAAUCGAUACCCCCAGAAAGUCAUGGUCAAGCUUGCUAGGGCCCUGCGAUUCGACGCGAAAGACGAGGCCAAAACAACCUGGAACCUGAGCAUCGAUUCAUACAGGACUUUUGCACCGCUGAAGCAGUCCACACCGACUCUGGCUAUUGCGUGUCUAGAGCUUGCCGCACGGCUGCAUGGAAAAGACACUACGAAAUUCGUGGAUGCGGGACCUGUAAGGUACAGCAAGUGGGCUACUAGUCGAGCAGAGAUUAUGGAGACCCUCCUUGAUCUACUCGACCUGUACACCCAUCACCGCAGCGCAACCUCGGUCGGACCCUCUUACACACUUGAGCACUUCAUCAACAUCCGCAUUGGACUCAAUCAGGAGGCUUCGGCAGCGAAUAUACCACGUUAUUCUCGGUACAAGUCGGAGUCUGUUGCCGAUGCCGGAAGCACCACAAACGGCGCCAAGCCUCGCAACGGCAUCGACCCGACAAGCCCAUUCACACCAGCUACCCCCAUCGCACAUUCGCCUGCCGCAGAUCAAGCGCCAAAAUCUGCAAUCGGAAUUCGCGGUCAGAAUGGUACGGUCAGGUUCAUGCUGGACGCAGCCCGUGCACACGAUGAACGCGCCGAGGUUGAGAAGUUUCACAAGCUCGAGGAAGAAGAGUACGAAGUAGAGGUGCCGAUAUCGAGUGAAUCAAGGACGGAUGAUAGGGAGAGAGAAAGAGCAAGAGUUGGCAGAGUGCGUUGA